CAACACAAUUCUCUCUCCUCCAAAUCCCUAACCCUUUUUUGUGUAUAAAUACUUAGCAGGAGUGCUUCGCAAAGAGAAGAAACUAGAGAGAGAAACAAGAGAGAGAAAGCUCUCUGAAACCUUCCCCUUACCCUCCCCCAACCAACCGCUCUCUUCGUUUUUCGUCUUCUUCCUCUUCGAGAAGCGGUCCGAUCUGUACAAAAUCAAUCUGUACCAGAAAGAGUUUUGUUGAAUUGAUCUGAGAGGGUUUAGAUCUUUGUUUGGAGACGAAGAAGAUGACUUCGCUAAGCAGAGAGCUUGUAUUUCUCAUACUUCAAUUUCUUGACGAAGAGAAAUUCAAAGAGACCGUGCAUAAGUUGGAGCAAGAGUCAGGGUUUUUCUUCAACAUGAGGUAUUUUGAGGACAUGGUCACAAAUGGCGAGUGGGAAGAGGUAGAGAAGUAUUUGUCUGGUUUCACAAAGGUUGACGAUAAUAGAUACUCUAUGAAGAUCUUUUUCGAGAUUAGGAAGCAGAAGUAUCUGGAAGCUUUAGACAAGCGGGAUCGAGCUAAGGCUGUUGAAAUAUUAGUUAAGGAUUUGAAAGUGUUUUCUGCAUUUAACGAAGAGCUUUUUAAGGAAAUCACACAGCUAUUAACCCUGGAAAAUUUUAGGGAUAAUGAACAGUUAUCUAAAUAUGGUGAUACUAAGUCUGCUAGGGGUAUAAUGCUUGCUGAGCUUAAAAAGUUGAUUGAAGCUAACCCACUAUUUCGGGAUAAACUUCAAUUUCCCACCUUGAAGAACUCGAGAUUACGUACACUAAUUAAUCAAAGUUUAAACUGGCAGCAUCAGCUUUGUAAGAAUCCCAGGCCUAACCCAGACAUAAAGACCUUAUUUGUAGACCACAGCUGUGGACAGCCUAAUGGUGCCAGGGCCCCAUCCCCCGUCACUAAUCCCUUAAUGGGGGGGCCUGUUCAAAAGGCUGGAGGGUUUCCACCACUCAGCGCUCAUGGUCCAUUUCAGCCCACUCCAGCUGCUCUCCCAACAUCUAUUGCUGGGUGGAUGGCAAAUCCAUCUCCUGGCCCCCAUCCCUCUGCUUCUGCUGGGCCUAUUGGAUUGGCUGUGACUAACAAUGCAGCAGCAAUCUUGAAGCGGCCUAGAACUCCUACUAAUAACCCUGCUAUGGAUUAUCAAACUGCUGAUUCUGAACAUGUGCUAAAGAGAUCAAGACCAUUCGGAAUAUCAGAUGAAGCCAAUAAUCUACCAGUAAAUAUAUUGCCUGUUUCAUACCCCAAUCAGAGCCAUGGCCAAAGUUCCUACUCUUCUGAUGACUUGCCAAGGUCCGUUGUUAUGACUCUAAGUCUGGGUUCAGGUGCGAAGAGCAUGGAUUUCCACCCAGUGCAGCAAAUUAUACUUCUUGUUGGAACAAACAUGGGUGAUGUCAUGGUCUAUGAGCUAUCAACCCAUGAACGGAUUGCUGUAAGGAAUUUCAAGGUCUGGGACCUUCAAUCUUGCUCAAUGCCUCUGCAGGCGUCUCUGGCUAAUGAUUACUCAGCAUCAGUCAACCGCGUAAUGUGGAGUCCUGAUGGAGCCCUAUUUGGUGUUGCAUACUCCAAGCACAUUGUGCACAUAUAUGCGUAUCAGGGUGGUGAUGACUUACGAAAUCACCUGGAGAUUGAGGCUCAUGCCGGCAGUGUAAAUGAUCUUGCAUUUUCAUAUCCAAACAAGCAGCUGUGUGUAGUCACUUGCGGGGAGGAUAGGGUCAUUAAGGUCUGGGAUGCAGUUACUGGGGCUAAGCAGUAUACUUUUGAGGGUCAUGAAUCACCUGUAUAUUCUGUGUGUCCACAUCACAAGGAAAAUAUUCAGUUCAUCUUCUCAACAGCAACUGAUGGGAAAAUAAAGGCAUGGUUAUAUGAUAACAUGGGUUCAAGAGUUGAUUAUGAUGCGCCAGGACAUUCAUCUACCACUAUGGCAUACAGUGCUGAUGGAACGAGGUUGUUCUCAUGCGGAACAAAUAAGGAAGGAGAUUCAUACUUGGUUGAAUGGAAUGAAAGUGAAGGAGCUGUCAAGCGAAACUAUAAUGGUCUUGGAAAGCGGUCCGUGGGGAUUGUGCAAUUUGAUACCACAAAAAAUAGGUUCUUGGCUGCCGGAGAUGAGUUUGUUGUAAAAUUCUGGGACAUGGAUAAUGUGAAUCAAUUGACAAGCAUUGAUGCUGAAGGUGGAUUACCGGCUUCUCCUUCUAUUAGAUUUAACAAGGAAGGAAUACUUUUGGCAGUCUCAACAAAUGACAAUGGUGUUAAAAUUCUGGCGAAUUCUGAUGGAUUUAGACUGCUACGAAGCAUGGAAAAUCGUACUUUCGAUGCAUCUAGAGUUGCUUCAGCAGCUGUAGUGAAGCAGCAGGCGGCUCCUGCAAUUGGCACAUUCAAUUCUGCCAAUAUAUCUGUUGGGACAAGCAUGGGAGAUCGAACCCCUCCAGUAGGGGCAAUUGUUGGACUGAACAAUGAUAACCGAAGCAUGGUUGAUGUGAAGCCUAGAAUUGCUGAGGAGUCGCUUGAUAAAUCUAGAAUCUGGAAACUGACAGAAAUUAAUGAACCAUCACAAUGCCGCUCGUUAAGGCUUCAUGAUAAUUUGACAGCAAUGAGGGUUUCUAGACUAAUUUAUACAAAUUCAGGACUCGCCAUAUUGGCAUUAUCUUCUAAUGCAGUACACAAACUCUGGAAGUGGCAGAGAAAUGACCGAAAUGUGACUGGAAAGGCCUCUACAAGUGUUCAACCACAAUUAUGGCAACCUGCAAGUGGAAUAUUAAUGACUAAUGACAUUGGGGAUACAAAUCCGGAAGAAGCUGUUCCAUGCUUUGCUCUUUCUAAGAAUGAUUCAUAUGUUAUGUCUGCUUCUGGGGGAAAAAUUUCCUUAUUCAAUAUGAUGACAUUUAAGACAAUGACCACUUUCAUGCCACCGCCACCAGCAGCCACAUUCCUGGCAUUUCACCCUCAAGACAAUAAUAUAAUUGCUAUAGGCAUGGAGGAUUCUACCAUCCAAAUAUAUAAUGUUCGCGUUGAUGAGGUCAAAACCAAGUUAAAAGGUCACCAGAAGAGGAUAACUGGUCUUGCUUUUUCUCACACUCUGAAUGUACUUGUAUCUUCAGGAGCUGACUCCCAGUUGUGUGUUUGGAGCACAGAUGGAUGGGAGAAGCAGGCAAGUAAGUUCUUGCAGAUUCCAUCUGGGCGAGCAGCAGCUCCAACUGCAGAUACCCGGGUUCAAUUUCACCAAGAUCAGAUACAUCUACUGGCAGUCCAUGAAACUCAGAUAGCUAUAUAUGAAGCACCAAAGCUGGAAUGUCUUAAGCAGUGGUUCCCCCGAGAAGCUACUGGUCCAAUCACCCAUGCUACCUAUUCUUGUGAUAGCCUGUCAAUAUAUGUUAGCUUUGAAGAUGGAAGUGUAGGUGUACUAACAGCAUCAACACUCAGACUGAGAUGUCGAAUUAAUGCAACUGCUUAUCUUCCUGCAAAUCCAAGCAUAAGAGUCUACCCUCUGGUAAUUGCGGCACAUCCAUCCGAACCCAACCAGUUUGCACUAGGUCUUACAGAUGGAGGAGUUCAUGUACUUGAGCCCUUGGAAUCGGAAGGGAAAUGGGGCACCAACCCUCCGGUUGAAAAUGGUGCUGGACCUAGCACGGCUACAGGAGCAGCAGCCGGUUCGGACCAACCUCAACGGUGACAAUCAAGCUUUUUAAAAAGAACCUUGAGUAGUGGUACAUGGUGUUUAGGAUAGCUUUCCCUGGUCCCGGCGUAUUUAAUUUUCUGGGGGAAAGCUGCGAUAGUUGGUACUUGUAGUUUUAGAUACCGGAAUUAACCACAGUAGAAUUUCUUUGAAGUGCUCCACACCAAAUGAGUUCAUUGUCAGGCUUUUGUGGCCACCGGUUAAACCUUCUUUUGGGAUAAUUGGACUAAAGUAUGAAUUGGUGCUGUAAAUUCGGAGUCAAGGACUACAAACAUGUGAAAGGUUGGACUCUGAAAUAGAAAUUUCUAAGAUAUUUGUAGUUGGUUCGAUCAUCUUAGUUCACUCAGUUUCUAGAAGUUUUUAAUUGUAAUUGUGGACAUUUUUUCUUUCUUUCCUUCUAAUUAAUAGGUUUUUUUUAUUUUAUUUUAUUAUUUUGUUCUAUGUAUGUAAUCAAUUUUCUGGUUAAUUAUAAUAAAGAUCAGUUCUUUUACAGUU